AAAAGAGAUGUAUGGUGCUCUAAUUUUAGCUAUUCAAAGGGGUUAAAAUAUCUGACAAGUGUUUCAUGUGAUGAAUUUGAUUUUCGGAAAUCAUAUUUGCUCUAAUGCAUGGUGUAUUUUCAAUAAGCCUUCUGCUUUCCCAGGCCUUUACAGGUACUCAGAAUGUUUCUAGUCUACAAAAGGAGAAGGCUUGGAGAGUUAAUGUCCGCAUACAAGGAUGUGACCUUGAACAUGGGUAUCUAUGUGGCACCAUGGAAGCUUUAAAUGUUCCUAUGGCUGAAACACCAGUAAGUUGUUUUCCCGUGCAACAACUCCUAGGGUCAAGUCCUGAUGGUGUUGAAACUGGGUCUACUGUGCUCAAACAACACGCCAAUGGCACGACCCAGUAUGCGUCAGUGGUUAGGUAUCUAGACGGCGAGGCUGUAUUGGCGGACAAUUUGAGGGUCGCUGCCGCUUUCGACAGCCGAAAAGGAAUCGGAUUUGAUGAAUUUCUACACUCUUUUGCAUCUUCUCCGUUUGAUGGACUGAGCUCGACUUCGUUUAUGGAAAAUGGGCAUACCGCUACCAGUCUUGCUUCCGUUUCUACUUCUCCACUCUCUCUUCUUCAAGAAACAAGAUGAUAUAUUGUAUGGUUAUGGUGUAGUUAGAAUUUUCUUAAAGGCAAUGAUGUUGCAUUUUCUUCUUACUUCUGGUUUGGUUUGGUUUGGAUCAUAUAAUGCAAACAAUUCAAAUAUAUUGUGCUGUUCAUU